AUGACAUCCAAGUCUGAUUAUUCUGGAAAAGACAAGAUUGAACUCGACCCGGUUUUUGCCAAAUCCAUCGAUCUACUGCCCAAUACUCAGGUGGUCAUUGACAUUCAGCUGAAUCCCAAGAUCGCACACACCAUUCACUUGGAACCUGUCACCGUGGCUGACUGGGAAAUUGUCGAACUACAUGCUGCAUACCUUGAGUCUCGGAUGAUUAAUCAGGUUCGAGCUGUAUCCCCCAACCAGCCAGUCACGGUAUACCCGUCCUCCACCACGUCUGCUACGCUGAAGGUUAUUCGAAUCGAGCCAGAUUUAGGAGCAGCAGGAUUCGCCAAGCUAUCGCCAGACUCUGAAGUUGUGGUAGCUCCCAAGCAGCGAAAGAAGGAGGAGAAACAAGUGAAGAAACGGUCCGGAAGUGCGAGAUCUACUGGAUCUCAGAAGAGAAAAGGUGGCCGAGGCCCCCACGCUCUGAGGCGAGCUAUUAGUGAAGACUUCGAUGGCCAUCUACGUUUGGAGGUGUCCCUGGAUGUCUCCCAGCUGCCCCCUGAGUUUCACCAGCUGAAAAAUGUUUCCAUCAAGGUCAUUACACCGCCCAAUUUAGCGUCCCCUCAGCAAGCAGCCUCUAUCGCAGUAGAGGAAAAGUCAGAGGAGAGUUUGUCUCAAAACAAGCCACCCUCUUCUGAGCCUAAGGUUGAGGUUCCUCCGGAUAUCAUCAAUCCUGCUUCCGAGAUCGUUGCGACUCUCGUUAACGAUACUACUUCUCCCACUGGUCAUGCUAAGCUAAGUUAUGCACUUGCCGACGCACUGGGGAUCCCUAGCUCUGUGGGCCACGUAAUUAGAUUUGAAUCUGCAUCUAAGCCUCUUUCUCAAAAGCCUGGAGCGCUGGUGAUUCAUCGUUUCAUCACUAAGACAGUGGGGGCUGCAGAGCAAAAAUCACUCCGAUUGAAGGGAGAGAAGAACGCCGACGAUGGUGUUUCAGCCGACGACCAGUUCUCUUUGCUGGAAGAGCUCAAAAAGCUGCAGAUGCUUGAAGGGCCUAUUACGAAUUUUCAGCGCCUACCUCCUAUUCCCGAGCUGCUUCCUUUGGGUGGUGUCAUCGGUUUGCAAAACUCAGAGGGCUGGAUCCAAGGAGGCUACCUCGGCGAGGAGCCCAUACCGUUUGUUUCUGGUUCUGAAAUUCUAAGAUCAGAAUCGUCCCUGUCCCCUUCAAAUAUCGAAUCUGAGGACAAGCGUGUUGUUGGCUUGGACAAUAUGCUGAACAAAAUUAACGAGGUUCUGUCUCGUGACUCUAUUGGGUGCCUGGUUUACGGAUCCAGGGGCUCUGGUAAAAGUGCUGUUCUGAACCACAUCAAGAAGGAAUGUAAAGUGUCACACACUCACACGGUCUCCAUUGCCUGCGGUCUCAUUGCCCAAGACAGGGUCCAGGCUGUGAGAGAGAUUCUCACCAAGGCAUUUCUUGAGGCAUCCUGGUUUUCCCCCUCAGUCUUGUUCUUGGAUGAUAUUGAUGCAUUGAUGCCUGCCGAAGUCGAACACGCUGAUUCUUCGCGAACAAGACAGUUGACGCAGCUAUUUUUGGAGUUGGCAUUGCCCAUCAUGAAGUCUCGCCAUGUUUCCGUUGUGGCUUCUGCACAGGCCAAAGAGUCCCUUCAUAUGAAUCUUGUGACUGGCCAUGUGUUUGAAGAGCUUUUCCAUCUCAAAUCUCCCGAUAAGGAGGCUCGUCUGGCCAUCUUGUCAGAGGCGGUUAAGCUGAUGGACCAGAAUGUUUCCUUUUCACAGAAUGAUGUUCUCGAAAUUGCUUCUCAGGUCGAUGGAUACCUGCCUGGGGACUUGUGGACUCUGAGUGAGCGAGCCCAGCAUGAAAUGGCUCUCAGACAGAUUGAAAUUGGACUUGAAAACCCUUCAAUCCAACUCGCGGACUUCAUGAAAGCACUAGAGGACUUCGUGCCAUCAUCUCUGCGAGGGGUUAAGCUACAAAAAUCCAACGUCAAAUGGAAUGACAUCGGUGGUCUGAAAGAAACCAAGGCAGUUCUUUUGGAAACCCUCGAAUGGCCCACCAAGUAUGCUCCUAUUUUUGCAUCUUGUCCCCUUCGUCUGCGUUCUGGUCUCCUUCUCUACGGUUACCCUGGUUGUGGCAAAACCUACUUGGCCUCAGCAGUUGCUGCGCAAUGUGGUCUCAACUUCAUUUCUAUUAAGGGUCCUGAGAUUCUGAACAAGUACAUUGGUGCAUCCGAACAAAGUGUUCGAGAGCUCUUUGAGCGAGCUCAGGCUGCGAAACCUUGCAUCUUGUUCUUUGAUGAGUUUGACUCCAUUGCUCCCAAGCGAGGACACGAUUCCACUGGUGUUACUGACCGAGUGGUUAAUCAGAUGCUUACGCAGAUGGAUGGUGCUGAGGGACUCGAUGGUGUUUAUGUUCUGGCUGCCACUUCGCGACCCGACCUCAUCGACCCCGCACUGUUACGUCCUGGUCGACUGGAUAAAAUGCUUAUCUGUGACCUGCCCUCUUAUGAAGACCGGCUGGAUAUCCUGCGAGCAAUUGUGGAUGGAAAAAUGCACCUGGAUGGGGAAGUGGAAUUGGAAUACGUGGCGUCAAGGACCGACGGCUUUUCUGGGGCUGAUCUGCAGGCUGUGAUGUUCAAUGCUUAUCUUGAGGCUAUUCAUGAAGUUGUGGAUGUUGCUGAUGACACAGCAGCUGAUACCCCUGCGCUCGAAGACAAGCGUCUUGAAUUUUUCCAGACGACCCUUGGAGAUGCCAAGAAAGAUCCUGCAGCUGUCCAAAAUGAGGUAAUGAAUGCUCGAGCUGCAGUAGCCGAGAAGGCUCGUGUCACAGCUAAGUUGGAAGCCUUGUUUAAGGGCAUGUCUGUGGGUGUCGAUAACGAUGAUGAUAAGCCCCGGAAGAAGGCAGUCGUUGUAAUCAAACCUCAACACAUGAAUAAGUCUUUGGAUGAGACUUCUCCUUCCAUCAGUAAGAAGGAGCUCCUGAAGCUGAAGGGCAUCUAUAGCCAGUUUGUCAGUGGUCGAAGUGGCGAUAUGCCGCCUGGCACUGCCUCCACAGAUGUUGGUGGACGGGCUACCUUGGCAUGA